CGAUCCCCGAGCUCCGCGCGUCGCCUGCGAGGGGCGGGGCCUCCUCCCCGGCGGGACCGACGGCUCGGCGCUCGCCUCGGGAGACGGCCGAGCCUAGGCGAAGGUCCGGCGAAGACGAUGGCGGCCAACCAACCGCCGCCCCCGAAGCCCUGGGAGAACCGGAGGCUAUCUCCAGAUGUGGGAGUUAGUCAGCUGACGCGGCCUGGGCAGCCCACCCUCACCCGCGUGCCCCCUCCCAUUGUGCCAAGGCCAUCUCAACAGACUGGGAGCACGGCCCUGAGCUCUUUCAGGCCUUCGUACAGCAGCCCCUUCAGCUCAGGCUACGGCACGUACGGGAACUCCUUCUACGGAAGCUACAGCCCUUACAGCUACGGAUAUGGCAGCAUGGGCUACAACCGGUUUCGGGUGGACGACGUUCCCGCCAGCCGGUUUGUGCAGCAGGCCGAGGAGAGCAGCCGCGGCGCAUUCCAGUCCAUCGAAAGCAUCGUGCACGCCUUCGCCUCGGUCAGCAUGAUGAUGGACGCUACCUUUUCGGCGGUCUACAACAGCUUCCGAGCCGUCUUAGACGUAGCCAACCACUUCUCCCGGCUCAAGAUCCACUUCACCAAGGUGUUUUCAGCUUUUGCCUUGGUCAGAACUAUACGGUACCUUUACAGGCGGCUGCAGCGGUUGCUGGGUCUGAGAAAGAAUUCCGAAAACGAUGAUUUGUGGGCAGAAAGCGAAGGGACUGUGGCCUGUGCUGGCCCCGAGGAAAGGGCGGCCAACUCUGCAAAAUCCUGGCCCAUUUUCCUAUUCUUUGCCGUUGUUCUCGGGGGUCCUUACCUCAUUUGGAAGCUGCUGUCCACCUACACUGAGGACGAAACAGUUUCCAGCAAUUGGGCAAGUGGAGAGGAUGAUCAUGUUGUUGGGAGAGCAGAAUACGAUUUCAAUGCUGUUUCAGAAGAAGAAAUUUCCUUCCGUGCUGGUGAAAUGCUAAAAUUGGCACCCAAAGAACGACAACCCAAAAUACGUGGCUGGCUCUUGGCCAGCCGUGAUGGCCAGACUACAGGACUUGUUCCAGCUAAUUAUGUCCGAAUACUCGGCAAAAGGAAAGGAAAGCGAGCUGUAGAGCUGGAGAAGGUUACUGAGCAUGAGCCAGCACUCAGCAACGCCACUUUGAUCCCAGGAGCCACAGCUUCCGACACCCUGGAAGAGCAAGAAGCUGCCUUUGAGUCUGUUUUUGUAGAAAAUAAUAAAGUCCCUGUCACAUCCAGCUCUGCUGUGCUUGGUGGAGACAAACAGGACCUUUGAUGCAUUUAUCAGAGUAAGCCUGUGGUGGUCACAGUAAUUCUGUAGGGUAGGCAUUCAGUAGUGAUGUAGCGGAACACUACCAGUCAUUGGGAGGGAUGUUUUCAGUCUAAGCCUGUGCUUGGUUCUUUUGGCAUUGGACAGUUGUGUUAAGCAGGCUAGCAUCCAUUUCAUUAUCUCAAGCGUGGGUGAGUUUUGGAGUGCAGGAGGCUUGGCACCUUGUCCCGUUCAACGGAAGGAGCUGAGCUGAGAGGUUCCCCAGGCAGCUAUCUGCUUUGAAGUCCUCCUCAGGAACUGAAUACAGCGUCAUUGCGGCUGUUCCAAGAAAGAACAUGUUUUCACCAAGUCUUCACGCAUAGUGCAAGAUUGGUUUUCUUUCCCUCCUUAUACCCCGUUUUUGUGAGAUAAAUAAUCUCUGGCUCAUGGGGAUAUCAGGAAACCUUUUGGGGGGAGGUGAAUUAAUAUUUCCAUAAGUUAGUAGUUCCGUAUGGAAGGCACUUUAGAACUGACAGCAAGCCUAGUUAAUUGUAGUUCCAAGACAUGUGCUUGGUCCUCUUUUCAUAGAUAAGCUUUCUACUCUGAGCUUUGAAAGUGGCUCCUUUGUGCUGCCUUAGACCCCUGUGCUUCAUUCAUUCUUCAUGUCAUUCUUUGCCCGGACUAGUAGGCAAUUGCUCUUUAAGUAGAAAUACUGCAUUACUUUUUCUUCCAGUUCAGGUUUGCGACAUCUGUGGCUCUGCUUUUUUCCUGUCAACUGCAAGCUGAUCUAUCAAGAAUACCUCAUUGAGGCUCAAACUGCACGUGACAGCAGAUCUGUAUGUUUUAAACCCAAAACUGCCACUAUUACAUGCAGUCUCAGCUUCAGUGUUUAGUAAAUGUAAUAUAUAAAUCUGAUUUCCUCAUCCCUUACAAUUGCAGGUAUGAGCUGAUAGUCAUCCUUUGACAUCGCUCUACUAAGGAUGCUAAACUUUGCUCCUAUAAAGGUUGAGGUGUUACUUUACAAAGCUGGACUGACAUGAAAAUGAAACUUGUUUUCUGAAAUCAUGUUUGCUACUGUAUUGAUGCGACACUAUUCUGAAUAGUGAGAUAAAAAUCCAGGUUGAUUCUGGGAAGAUGUGAUAAUUGAUAAAACUAAUUUCAGGCUGCAGUUUCUUAAAGUGGUAAACCAGAGCUCUGCAAUUUCUGUAGCAGCUAUGAACUUCCAGUGUGACACAACUCAUAUUCAUCUUUGUAGACUGUUUUAAAAUAAAAUACUGAGUCUGACACAAGUGCAUCUUGGAUUCUGUCAAUCUUAAAUCACAAUCCUUCUAUGGAGUACCUGAAGCCAUUAACUCUGGUGCCCAUGUGAGGUUAUAGCUGCUCUGGGAUAGGGAAAAUCAGGAUGAGAUUUCUGGAUGGACCAGCUGCUUUUUUAUUAUUUUACUUUAAUUUAAAAAGAAAAGAAAAACUUACAUCCUGCCAGUUUUCAAAAAGGAAUCCAAGGUGGCUUAUAGCCACAAAAACAAGAAGCAAUAUAAAAACGAAAACCAUAAGAUACAUUAAAUUGCCAUCAUCAUAAAACAGCAAUUAGCACAGGAAGCGAAAAAUCCCUGUAUGUAACAACCCAUAAACAAGAUUAGGUAAAUAGAGACACCACUUGUGCACCCCAUACAAGACAGAUUACGCAACAUGGAAAUCCAAGGGCACUUCAGAUUCUUCUCUGGUUGAGUGCAAAUACGGCAUCUCUCAAGAUCCUGCCUCAUAGCUCCUAGGAGUGGCCAUCCUGGGAAAUAAGCCUUGGAACAAGCAUACACACCUGACCCAAGUUGCUCGCAUGACUAUGGACUGAUCUCUUUCGAUUUGCAGUCUCUCUGCACAGAAAAAGAAGGGGGAAAAUGGGGCGGCUGAAAUGUACUAGGAAAGUUAUCUUCGUAUGUAAUACUUCAAGAUUUUAACUAAAUAUUUGCUUCCCUCCCCUCCCCUCAAAAAACCCCAAGCCUAUUGAAAAAUAAAAGUGGCUAGGGUUGGUAGUGGGAAAAUGUUCCACAUUUUCAUUAGACUUACACUUUGUGAGAUCUAAAUGUUACAGAUUAUUUUUUUCAGAUAAUACUGUAGUAAAAUCAGCAGGUUGAAAAGUGUUUUGCUUAAAAAGGAUUCAUUAUUGAUUUACUAAAUUUCAAGACAGGUCCUAAAUGUAUUCACUUAGAAGGAGGUCCUACUGAAUUUGAUGGGGCUUGUCCUGGGAAGUACCCUUGGAUUGCAGUCUUUACUUAUACUUGCUUGAACUAUACUUAACAAACUGUCAUAUCUAUGCAUAUUGAACUUCAAUAGAUAAGUAUGUAUAGUGGACUUUGACUCUGACACUUUGACUUUGCUUGUUUUAUUGGCGCCAGAAUGAAAAUUGAUGUAAACAACCUACUGUAGAUAUACUAAAGGUUUUAUCAUGCGGUUGGAUUAACCUUGAUGAAUCUAUUAAAUGCCGUUGAAACUUGA